GGGUCUUUCUUCCUGCACCCCCAUAGCCCUAUCUAAAUGAUCUUUCAUUAAAAAAUAAUGAAAACCCUAAUAUUUCCCCCUGUUUCACACAUCAGGGCCGUACCUCACUAGAGAUUGUGCACCUCCAUUGCCGGAAGGCCGCACCUCUGUUGCCGGAAGCCUACAACGCCCUGCACCUCCUUUGGUGGAAGCCGCAACGCCUUGCACCUUCAUUGGUCGAAGCUAGUGAAGAAGUAAGUGUACUUCUUUUUUUUGCAUCGUGCGUCGCGGCAGAGUGAGCUUGAACGAGAAGAAGAGGAAGAAGGUGUUUCUGCAGACACUAGAAAACGAUGAAUUCUUCGGAGAAAGAAAAAGAGGUCGCUGAGAUUGAAGCAACAGAAAUUACAUCCAACGGCGAAAACGCGAAAGUGAAGAAAACAAAGAAGAAGAAUAAGAAGAAAGUGGCGUCGAAGGACGCGGAGAAGCGCGGCGUGUGCUAUUUGAGCCGAAUCCCUCCUCACAUGGACCACGUAAAGCUUCGCCACAUUCUCUCUCAGUUCGGUGAUAUCCAACGAAUUUUUCUCUCUCCUCAAGGUUCUGCUACCCAAGUGCCUUCUAAGCGGUCCCGUGGAUCCCGAGACCAAGAAUAUUCAGAAGGAUGGGUUGAGUUCGGUGAUAAAAGGGUUGCUAAGAGGGUUGCCAAUAUGUUAAAUGGUGAACAAAUAGGGGGGAGAAAGAGGUCAUCAUUCUACUAUGACCUUUGGAAUAUUAAGUACUUAAGUAAGUUCAAGUGGGAUGAUCUGACUGAAGAACUAGCAUUUAAGAAAGCCAUUCGGGAGCAAAAGCUGGCUGUAGAACUUUCUGCUGCCAAGAGAGAGAGGGAUUUCUAUCUAUCGAGAGUUGAUCAGUCACGUGCUUUGAAUGCUAUAGAGGAGCGGCUAAAGAAGAAGCAGAAGAUUGAACAAGACUCAGGAGUGGCAAAAGUGAUUCGCCAUUUCCCUCAAACAAAGCCUAUAGCUGCUGAUGCGAAGAAAAGUAAACCUGAGCUCUCAGACGAUGUAUUGGAUGCUGUAUUUGGUGGCUCGUAAUCUAUAUAUUGAUAGCUUCAACAUCAGGAUCCAAAAGGUUCAUUAAUAAGUUAGGACCAUUCUCAAGGAUAACAUUACAUGGAUGAAAGAGAGACUCAUCCUUAUACCUACACAUAGAUGGCACAUUUUUGGAGGAGGCUUGGAAAGCAAGGUUGACCUUUCCUUUUAGAAGGUUAAUGGUUGACCAAGCUAUGUCAUGUCCCAAGGAGUCUCCUUUUUAGAUCACCUAUUUUUUAGAAGCAUUUUUUAUGUAAUAGCUUCUUAGUCCUUAGCUUUGUGUUUUUUCUAAAAGACCCUUUUCCAUGACUUGUAAAAAGGGUUCUUCUGUUCUAAACUUGUAGAAUGGUUGAAUAUUUUGAGUAAAAUUGUCAUAUAUUUGACCAUUUGUUAGAGUGUUCUCCUUUAA